AUGCACUUAAUUGGACAUGGUAUAGGAAAGCUUGUUUACAAUCACUUUAGUAUCUGGCACCAGUUUUUGCAAGCUGAGAUCACCAAAAACAACAUAUCUAUAAGUGUAUUUUCUCUAGUAAACCAUUACUUGACACACAUUGGAUAUAUGACAAGAAAGGUUAGAAAUCUCUGGGUGUAUAACACUAGAUCUAUGGAAAGAACGAUUGGAAGAUACUUAAAACUGAUCGAAAAGUUAACAGCAUAUUAUACCCAAUCAAAAUGCACUUUUUCCAUUGAUUUGCGUUAUACAUUGGAAACUGUCAAACUUGCUGUGCGUGCUUGGAUCAACAACCAUGUAUAUGACUCUGAGAUGUACAUGCAAAAGAGAUCGGAAGUUCAUCAUAGAAAUCACCAUGUGAGAUUCAAUGCCAUUUAUCAAAAUCACAACUGCUGGUACGUUGACUCUGUAUUGUUCUAUUUCGCUCACUGCCCUUUUGAUGACGAGAGCUGCAGGCAGUUUCUUGUGUUGGUGAGUGUAAUGAAGAAACAUUCAGCAGCUGAAUAUGACAGCAAUAUACCCAUUGUGAUCAUAGACACAAAUUUGGUCACACAAAGGCUUGUUGUUAUUAGCCUGAAUGACAUACAGAAUAAAGUCGGUUUGAUUCAAUCAGUUGAAUGCCCUAUGAAGUAUAAAGUAGUCACAUCAUACUAUAUAUUCAAUGAAGACAUAAAAAGUACUGCUGGCAAAUUGAGAUAUAUUAAACUGUAA